AUGUAUCCAAUUGCACCGCAUGUCGUCACUCGACAGAAUACGAAAGAGUUUCAUAUCGACCGUGUAGGCGUCAUUCCGAUUGGUACUAGUAUUACUGCAAAUCAUCACAGUUUGCACUUCAAUUCUGAUCUUUGGGGUCCGGUCGAUCCGCAUACAUUCUAUCCAGAACGAUUUACUACCAAGCGGCAUCCACUUGCAUGGAUUCCAUUCGGUGUUGGACCGCGAAACUGUGUUGGAAUGCGAUUUGCACUAAUGGAAAUGAAAAUAGCACUGGUUCGACUUCUUAAAAUCUAUUCUAUUAUUGAUUGUGGUGAACAGACGCGCCAAUCGAUUGAACAACUCGAAGAAUUGAAAGUUAUUGCACCAAAAAACAUGAUUGUACGUUUGCAGCGUCGAGACGAACAGAUAUCAUAA